CUCCCUCGGCCGCCUUCAUUUCAUACCAACUCUCAUUCCUCGCAUUCCUCACUUCCUCCUUUCAAACUCCAGGGGAAAUAAAAACCCUCCCUUUUCCUCCCAAACUCCUGCCCGGCCGCCCCCCCGUCCCGCCGCCGCCCGGGCUCGCCGUCCCGCCGGCCGCGCCGCGCUCCUCAGAAAGUCCUGGAGCUGAAGGAGGAUUUGAAGCCGGUCCCCGCUGCCCCUGCGGAACAGCAGCCGCUCUUGCCUCGCUCAGAGGAACUAAGCUAUUCUUGUAGUGUCCUAUAGAAUUUCCCAGUCUUCUUCCUCUGGUUCUGAGUCUGCUCCUCCGCGUGGCACCUUGGAGUUUCUAGCUGGCACCAUUACCUCCAACGAGUGGAGUUCUCCCACCUCCCCUGAGGGGAGCAACGACUCGGGGGGCAGCGAGGCCUUGGACAAACCCAUCGACAAUGACGCCGAGGGCGUGUGGAGCCCGGACAUCGAGCAGAGCUUCCAGGAAGCGUUAGCCAUCUACCCGCCAUGCGGCCGCCGCAAGAUUAUCUUGUCAGACGAAGGCAAGAUGUAUGGCCGAAAUGAGUUGAUUGCCCGCUAUAUUAAGCUGAGAACAGGGAAAACACGCACAAGGAAACAGGUAUCUAGUCACAUCCAGGUCCUGGCAAGGCGGAAAGCUAGAGAGAUCCAAGCCAAGCUCAAGGAUCAGGCAGCAAAAGAUAAAGCCAUGCAGAGUAUGGCUACAAUGUCAUCUGCCCAGAUUAUCUCUGCAACUGCCUUCCAUAGUAAAAUGGCCUUGCCUGGUCUCCCACGACCAGCCUACCCUGCUGUUUCUGGGUUUUGGCAAGGACCAUUGCCAGGCCAAGCUGGAUCUUCCCAAGACGUGAAACCUUUUUCUCAACAACCUUAUGCUGUACAGCCUCCGCUUCCAAUACCAGGGUUUGAAUCUCCUACUGGCCUCUCACCUUCCCCAUCAGCACCAGCUUGGCAAGGACGAAGGGUUGCUAGCUCCAAACUUUGGAUGUUAGAGUUCUCUGCAUUCUUGGAACAACAACAAGACCAAGACACAUAUAACAAACACCUGUUUGUGCACAUUGGGCAGUCAAGCCCCAGCUACAAUGACCCCUACCUCGAGGCAGUGGAUAUCCGGCAGAUCUAUGACAAGUUCCCUGAGAAGAAAGGGGGCCUGAAGGAGCUCUUUGAAAGGGGGCCAGCUAAUGCCUUCUUCCUUGUCAAAUUCUGGGCUGAUUUAAAUACCAAUAUUGAAGAUGAAUCCAGAUCUUUCUAUGGUGUUUCCAGCCAGUAUGAGAGCCCAGAAAACAUGGUCAUUACCUGUUCCACCAAAGUGUGUUCCUUUGGAAAGCAGGUGGUAGAGAAAGUAGAGACAGAGUAUGCACGCUAUGAAAAUGGACACUAUUCCUACCGCAUCCACCGCUCCCCUCUCUGCGAAUACAUGAUCAACUUCAUCCAUAAACUCAAGCACCUUCCCGAGAAGUACAUGAUGAACAGUGUGCUGGAGAACUUCACUAUCUUACAGGUUGUGACAAACAGGGACACACAGGAGACCUUGCUGUGCAUAGCAUAUGUUUUUGAAGUAUCGACUAGUGACCACGGUGCCCAACAUCACAUCUAUCGGCUGGUGAAGGACUAGAGACUCUCUGCCCUGAGUUGUCCAUGGAAUGCAUGUCUAAGAAAAAAGUCUGUGCUUGAACAACCCCUGCCCCUCCCCAAACCAAACUGAAAAAUAAACUGCAGAUAUUGUGUAUUUUCAGAAAA